AUGACAGUCUUUUGCUUGCUGCGCCUGCGGAGGGGCCAGAACAGCGGCGACGUGUCUUUACAGGAGGAGGUAAAGCCUUUGUUGGUGAAGCGCCUGUCCUCCUCAGCACCACCGCCCCCGCCUCCCUUCGACGAAAAUGGCGAAGAGGCAGCGCGCAGGCAUUGUGUUUUCUUUCACAAUGCCCCCAAAAAGGUGAAUGAAGGAAUGCUCAGGCGCGUUUUCGAACGGGCCGGCUCCGUGAAGAGACUCCGUAUCUUCCGAGAAGAUGGCAAGUCUCAGGGCAUGGGCCUCUGUGAGUUCGUGUCCCCAGAGGGUGCCCUGGCGGCAGCCCACAUUCUGGAUGGUGAGAAGAUCUACCCUUCAGAGCCUAGGCCUACGCCGCCUGGAGAGCCUCCCCGCACCGCAGCGCCUCGGAACGUCGGCCGACGGAACGAACAGCGGAAUCCGAGACAGGCCCAGGCGAAGCGGGGCAGCGACAAGAGAGCCCGAACAGGCUCCUCACCUGGUGCCCGACAGGCGAAGACGGAGGAGAACUCGGAGCUGCAGCCGGUGGGGGUUCUAAUGAGUCCACCACCACCGCCUCCUGUGCCGAUUCUCCGGCCGAGGACUGCCAGAGAGGCCUCUCAGGUAAAGGCUGAGGUCGAAGAUGCGAAAGUCUUAGCCCCUUCUGAAGCUGCAGAUGGCCGCAUCUCCUUCUACAGCCCCAAACAGAAGUCCGAGCAGGAAACCGAAUGCAAGGCCGAAGACUCGGACUCGGUCUCGCAUUGCACCGACACGGCUCGGGCCGAGGAGUGUGAGCCUCCCGAGCUUUCCAGCGAGGAGUCCUGUGAGGUCGAGACCAAGAAGGAGGCCCAGGCCCCGGCCCCUCUGAAGGAUCUGGACGAAGAGAUGAAGCCCGCGGAAGAGCCUGCAAAGCCCGAAGUCUCCUCUGAGCCCGAAGCCGAGGAGUCUUCCUGUGUGUAUUUCCACAACGUGCCCUUCGAAGUGAACGAAGAGGAUUUGCUGCCGCUCUUUGAACGUGCUGGUCCUGUGAAAGCCCUCCGCCUCUUCACUCUGAAGGAUGGACGAUCCAGAGGCCAAGGGCUUUGCCAGUUCGAGCGGGCCGGAGUCGCAGAGAAGGCGGUUCGGAUCCUCGCCGGCUGCUUCCUCGCCAACCCAAGCAACGACUCCGAGAAAGAUUCCCGGGAAUUGCAUGUGAAGAUUCACAAGGGAAACACGAAGAUCCUCGACAACGCCCGUGCUGUGGGAUCUGUGAGAUAG